GUUAGUGUUUAGAGUGAGCCGGGAGGAUACAGGUGGCUCGGCGGAGUCUAGACUCAGUGAGAGAGAGAGAGAGAACUACCGACUCAUUUAUAUUGUAGACGGGGGCGAGAGAGACAGCAACCGGGCAGAGCAACGGAAGGCGAAUUCUGAAUCCAGCAGCUCCCUCAAGACCAGUUCUUAUGCCUACUGUUACCUGGGGGAUGGUAGAGGGCGUGGCGGACAGUGGCUGGCAUGCGACCUUGACCCGCGGCCUGCACCAAGCAUGGGAAGCGGGGCUCUUCACCGACCUGGUCAUCACGGCGCAAGACCAGGUCAUCCACGCGCACAAGGUCAUCCUCGCCGCUGCUUCGCCAUAUUUCAGAGCCAUGCUGACAGGAUGUCUUGUGGAAGGCAGAACUCACACCUUAGAGCUGAAAGACGUCCCUGGCUCUCUGCUUAACAUUGUACUGACCUACGUGUACACAGGGAGAGCCACCCUCACUGAACACAAUGUACAGGAUGUUCUCACCUUGGCUGACUACUUUCAGAUACAUGCUCUGAAGAAACUCUGUUGCUAUCACCUCAAGAACCACCUCGUAACCAGGACCUGCCUCAAUGUACAUGAAGUGGCAACCUUGCACCGUUGCCAUGACUUAGCAGCGGACGCUCUUUCCCUUGCCAGUUCCCAGUGCUCUGAGGUUCUUCUACAGCCCUCAUUCCUCACAUUACAGCCUGACACAAUACUCACUCUGUUGAAGCAGCCUUACCUCAGUGUGGAGUCUGAAGAGGAACUGUUGAAGGGUGUCAUACUCUGGGCCUCCAAGGAUCCAGAUGAGAGGCGAAAGUGGCUUCCAGUACUGUGCCAAAAGAUAGAUCUCAGUCUGCUUGAUUCACAGACAAGACUGAAGUACAUUGCCACCUUAGAAGAUAGACAGCUUUUAACAGAUGAUUUGAAGUACAUCAUAGCCCCAAUGGAUGUAAAUUCGGAUACUGCGGAGGAAGGUUCAGAUGACCAAGAAGAAACGGUGAAAAAGACUAGAUAUAAUUCCCAGGAAGAGGUAUUGCUGGUAAUGGGUGGAGAAUCCAAUGGCCGGUUAUUACGCAACACAGAGUGCUUUGCUGUGGGCUAUUCCUCUUGGCGGUGUAGUAUACCAGAGGUAGCCGGCCGCCACAACCAACACUACCACCGAUUACAAGUUCUUCCUGUUAUGAGUCAUGCUCGGGCUUAUUGUGCCGUGGCUACUCACGAUAACAUUGUAUAUGUACUAGGUGGUCAGACGAACAGCCAGUUCCUGGCAUCAUGCGAAAGUUACAGUGUGGUGACCAACAGCUGGCGCCCACUUUGUGACUUGCCUCUCCCCAUCCAUGGUGCGGCGGCUGCCUUCCUUGAUGGUGCUCUCUACGUUGCCGGUGGCAAGUCCAUGCGGCAGUACGAAGAAAAACUCUGGGUGUAUGACGUGCAACGUGACACGUGGGUGGCUCGAGGAUCUCUAAGCUCUGGAAGGGGACACAUUGGCAUGGCUGCUCUGCAUGGAUCCCUCUAUGCUGUGGGGGGUAUGAGUUGUGUGGGGGGAAUCAGUCAGGUACUGGCUUCCUGUGAGAAAUUUGACCCAGGUUCAGAUAUGUGGGUUCCCAUAGCUUCUCUCUCUCAAGCCCGAGCCUACCAUGGAGUGGCAGUUAUAAAUGACCACCUUUACGCUAUAGGAGGAUAUGAUGGAGCACGAUGGCUUAGCUCUGUUGAGCGCUAUGACCCCCUCCGUGAUCAGUGGACGACAGUGUCGUCCAUGAUCAGCCCUCGCAGCAGUUUCGGUGUGACUGUAAGUCGUGGAAGAAUAUAUUGCCUGGGUGGCUUUAGUGGGGAGUCUAAUCUCAAUACUGUGGAGAAGUACAAUCCGCGUACUGACAUGUGGCACUGUGUUCAGUCCAUGCAGCUGCGUCGGUAUGGAUUGGUCGCAGCCACAGUAAAUGUUCCUGGAGCAACACAGCUUUAAUUAGGAAAGUGAAAAUCCCACAAUACAGGUAAGCUGUUUUAAUGAGAAUUUGACUCCAUUAAAACUGCUUAUGUGUAAUGUGAGCUUUAAUUAUAUUAUAAGGCAAAAUGGAAGAAGAAUGUAAGAGGUGUUGUACCUUUGUAUAUGUUACAGUCAAGGUAAUUAGAUGAUAAUAUUAGCCAUAUAAGAGUAUUGAAUGUAUGUAAAACAGUUGUAUGAAAUCAAAUAGCAUGAUGGAAUUCAGUAUUAUGUUUUAAAUGGCUGACAGGAGAAAGAUUGUAAUGUUCAACCAAAUUUUAAAGAAAACUGUAAGCACAUAUUGUUUGUGUACAUUCCAUAUAUGUUAGGAAUAGGUUAUCCAACCUGUGAUAUAUAGUAUCAUGAAGCAAAAAAAUGUUCAUUAGAAUAUAUCCUUAUUGUUAUUAUAUGUGAUUCCUGCUUCACAAAGUACAUAGAAGUACUUACAGCUUAAUCAUACUUACACACAAGUAAUAAAAACUGAUGGUAUACAAUUAGUUUAAUGAUUCAUCUUUAUUGGGGAUGAGUAUUUAUUGAAGUAUCAUAAAAGUUUUAGAGAAAGAUUAAUUAUUCCUGAACUCAAAGUGUCAUAAUACAUACUGAAGGAAGAGGUAGCUUGAUUUAUUUUUACCUUUUAUGUGAAAUACACCAGGUUUCCAGAUCAAUUUUUUUUUUUCAUUUAACAAAUGGAACUACUUCGUAAUUAACAUAAAUACUUGUCGAUGUGAAGGAAGGCCAUAGAAUCCUGUUAUUAUUUGUUUUGCUUAUUGUCACUUUUCAAAAAUUUUACAUUUUCAUGAUUGUUUCAUUUACUUAAGGAAGUAUCUGCAGUCACAGAUAACAAGAACAAAUGUGUUUUUAUCAAAGUUUCAUAUGAAAGGCUAAGUGAUUAAUAUGCAAGUAUAUUAAAUAAAUACAUAUUUCAUGUAGGGUUAAACUGUUCAACAGUUUUUAUGCUGAUAAUACCAUCAGCUCACAGGUCAGGCCAUGCAUGUAGUAUGUAAUGAUUCUGCAUUAUCAAAAGUGGAGGUGCAUUUUUCCAUCAUCAUUCCAAUGCACUGUGAAUAAAAAUACCACAAGCUGGUUGAGUCUACAGUACAACCCCCUCAUGUCCACAACUACUCAGAGCUAAUGCCCAUAUCUUUACUAUAGCUGUAUUUAAGAAAGAUGUUGGAAUUUUUGUAAUAGCAGUGUAAUGUAUUUAUUAAUUAUAAUGUUUAAUUGAAGUCUCUAGAACCAGAAAUUAGUCCACUGUGUUGGUCAAAACUGAGGAAUGUAUAACACUGUAUUCACCAAUCCCUCCUCUUUGUGGAGAGCUAGUCAAGUGUAUUAUGCGGCUUUUGAAGAUGGUUGAAUCUACCAUUAUUUAACUGGGUGUAGGUGACUGUUUCUCUUGACUAUAUCUUGUGCAAGAUUCAUUGUGUCUACAGUACUCUCCCACUGGCUUACUGAGGCAAACAUGUGUCAGCAUUCUAGUGAGAGCAUGGGAUGCAAGCUGCCUUCAUUCCCUUCAUUACUCACCCUUCCCUUCAUUACUCACCCUUCCCUGACUCUAAACCUACUCCAUUCUUCCAUUGAGGAUCACAUAGACCCUCCCCCCCCCUUAGCAAUAUUUUUAUGUAAUCAGUCUCUUCACUAUCUGUAAUUAGAGAGCCAAAAAGAAAUGUUUUGUUAAGCAAAUGUCAAGAGUAUGGUAGUAUGUGGUUUUAGCUGUUAAUUUUUUUUUCCUUUGCUUCAGGAUGGCACAACUUUUUGUAGGGGAGUGUUUGUAUCUUUAAGUGUGUGCUUUUAGCUACUCUGUGAAUAAAAAGUAAUGUUAUAGUUUGAGAGGAAAGGGAUAUUGAAAGUCAAGAAACUUUUUUUCCUGUACAUAUGGUGGUUUACACUGUGUGGUACUUGGGACCUCAGUGAGUGUGCUAGAUAGGUUCAUUUGUAGACAGACCAGAUAAUAGCAGUAGAUUAUUAAUGCAGCUACACUGAGCUCUGGUACAUUGAUGAAUAGAAACUUACUUUAGAACUUUUAUUAUUUAAAGAGAAAAUCACUUGAUUUGAUGCAACAAACAACAUCAACCAAAGUAAAGCCCCCAUUUUGAUAUUCAUUUGUCAGCUUAUUAUCAAUGAAACCCUGUUAACCCUUACGAAAUGUGAAAAAUGAUGAACUGCAGUAAAAGCCUUAUUCUUCCUCAUGCUUUGGGUUUGGAAAGAAGACUAUGAACAAGUGUGCUCUUUUCAAGAUCCUGAUUUGGCUAGUUUUGUAAACCUUUGUUUUUGACAAUGCAUAUGACAGAAGGUGGAUUUAGUUUAGACUAUUAUAGUAAAGUUAUGGAGAUGCUUUAGAAGUGCACAAAUAUGGUACAUUAAGACAGGAAUACAUAUUUAUAUACAUUCAAGAAUUUCAUAUUAAUGAAUCCUUUUGAUUAUAUCUUGCCUAACUUAAUUUUGAUAUUUCUCAAGAAACAAAAUGAGAAAUACAGAAAUACAGUAAACAACAAAAUAUAUGUAAAUGAUCAUUCAAACAUAUGAAACACUUAUCUUACAAAUAUUUAAGAACCAUUGUAUUAUGCCUGGCUAUAUACUGGUAUACCAAUGUUCUUCCCUAAUUAUUCUAAUGCAUUUAUCUAAUGUACGAAGUUGGUUUUGAUAUUUAUAAAAUACCUAAUGUA